AUGGCUCCGACGGAAUCACUUUCUUUUGCUCUUGCUACGAGGACCGAAGUUACAGUUUGGGCUGAAACAACUGUGUUUGCUUUUAUGAACGUUUUGGCUUUCUUUGGCAAUCUUCUCACAUGUUACGCCGUGUACAGAAACCACAGACUCCGUACGCUUCCCAACAUGUUCGUAAUUGCAUUGGCUGUCAGCGACAUUCUAUUGUCUACCUGUUGUUCGCCUUUCACAGUUGUUACUCUAUUUCGUGGCCAGUGGGUGCUUGGCGAAACUUUUUGUGAGUUUUUUGCCUUCGGAGUGUUCAUUUUUGGAAUGGCUUCUCUUAAUACCAUGGGAAUUAUUGCAAUCAGCCGAUAUUUCCGCAUUGUUAAAUCAAACAAGUAUAUUGUCCUUUUUAAAAAGAACCGUACUCUGAUGUACAUCGCCACUGUAUGGUUCAUAGCCUUGUUGGGAUCUGUGCCUCCAUUGUUCUUCGAUAAAGAAUCAGGAUUUGAAUUCCAGCCUGGAAAAGCGAUGUGUGCGUAUUCAUUUGAGAGCAAUAUUCCUUUCACGUCCUUCACUGAAUUGUACAUUGGAACCCCUUUCAUAAUCAUUUCAGUCUGUUACGUCAAACUAUUCUGUGCAGUAUCACGCGCAAAUCGCGUCUUCUCGCACCAGAAUAAUUUCCAGCAAAUCCGAGCGAAUGUGGAAGAGGCCAAAGUUACCAAUACGUUGGCAGCAGUCAUGGUUGGAUUUUCAUGUUGUUGGCUGCCUGUAUGUGUAAUUGAUAUUACUGACGCCGCGCACGGGAAAAAAAUUCUUCCGCGACAAAUAUACCUCACUUACACUUCGUUAAUCUUCUUGAGCAGUACUAUCAACCCUUUCAUAUAUGGCGUCACGAAUAGGCGAUUCCGACGAGAGUACACAGCUAUCUUAAGUAAGAUUAUAACGCCUUUCCGAAACGGAGACAACUGAUGGCGUGAAAUUUUGACGCGUGCUAUCUAAGUAGUAGAGGAGUUUUUUCAUGUUCACAUUACCUCAUCUUAACACAAAUGGGAAAGGGGUGUUACAAACUGAGAUCUGAGUUCCUUCAAGGGGAACAAGAGAGACGCUUUUUAUAUUUGAAACAAGGAUUACAUAAAACCGUGUGCCCGUACAUCUAUAGAUUGUAGAUGACGUCAAAAUAUGACGAUAUCUAAAAAAUGGCACACGAGCCGCAGGCUAUAAAAUAAAUGAACAGACACACGGCAAAAUUAGAUUAAUAUGUCUUAAAUGAUGCGAAGAAAGUGCACCGGCAAAAAAUUUCAACUUGUUUCUUAGUGUUUAACUGUUCGAGUCGUGCGUUCCUGAUCAAGUAUCCUUUAAUAACCUAGGUUUUAGUACCCAGUGUCUUUUUGUAGCUCGUGUACAGCUCAUAGUUGUCUUCAACGGCCAUUUCUAGAGAGACCUUGAAACCAUUUUUAAAAUUUAUACGCCGUGUUGGACAAGGCAAUGGAA